AUGUCUCAGUCAUUGAUUAUUUUCAAACCGUCAGGUAAGGUGGAGUAUCAGCUCAAUAACAAGAUUCAUCCAUUCAAUGAAUUCAUUUCUUCAAUAGUCAACGAGACAUACACUACCAUAUCGUUAAACUUCACCACUAAGACAUUAAACAACAGACGGUUUUACUGUUACAAUAAGGACAACGUAUAUGUUGCUCUAUAUUUUGACAGUAUAACAACAAUAGACAAUGAUCAAAUUAAGCAAACUUUAACAGGAAUUUUAAAGACUUUCAACAAGUUAGAGCCAGAGUCUGAUGGUGAUAAGUUGAAAAAAUUGGUAGACAUGCAAUUUAAUAACUUGAUGAAGUUGAAACAACAAGAAAAAGUUCAGGAACCCAAUAUUACAAGUCCUGUGAGAAGUGGCUCAAGUACCCCUAAAAAAAUUGAGUCCAAGCAACCAGCAAAUUCAAAAAAGAUGAGAAAAUGGGAUAACGGGGAAAUAGUAGAGGCAAAUGACGGGAAGGCAUUGGACUACUCUGCAAAUCAGGGCACCAUUGGCACUGAAUUCUUACCGGAAUUAAAGAUUGACAAAUCAGCGUUUACCAAAGAGCGAGAUUUAGUACUUGUGAAUGAGUUGAACGAAAUCCUCAAUGAGUCAGAUGAUGAAAGUGAACUGCCAGAUCAAACUAGUGGAUCUGUGGGCAAUGGAUUCUUUUCUAAAAUUGGUUCAUAUUUGGGUGGGACCAUUAAUGUUGACGAAGUUUCAAAGAAAUUCCGUGAGCAAUUGAUAUCGAAAAACAUCACUCCUGGUACAGCAACGACAAUUAUUGACAAAAUCAAAACCAAAUUAUCUACGAAUAAGAAAGUUACAAUGGCCGUAUACAAGCAAGCACUUACAGAUGAGUUAACUAAAAUAUUGACGCCAAAUGUCUCCACAGACUUGUUGCAUGAUAUCAAGAGAAACGCUGAGCUUAACACUAGGCCGUAUGUUAUAUCUGUUGUUGGGGUUAACGGUGUUGGCAAGUCGACAAAUUUGGCAAAACUUGCCUUCUGGUUUUUACAAAACAAUUUGAACGUAUUAAUUUGUGCUUGUGAUACUUUCAGAUCGGGUGCUGUGGAGCAAUUGAAAGUCCAUGUAAACAAUUUAAAUCGUUUAAAUGAAGCAUCAACAAAUACCAAAUCUAGAAUUGACAUUUUUGAGAAAGGGUACGGAAGUGGGGAUCAUGUGGUUCAAACAGCAAAACAGGCUAUACAAUACGCAGGGGAGAACAAUUUUGAUAUAGUCUUGAUAGAUACUGCCGGUAGAACUCAUUCAAAUGCAAAAUUAAUGGCCCCGUUGAAGAAGUUUGGUGAUGCAGCAAGUCCUAAUAAGAUUAUUAUGGUUGGUGAAGCCUUGGUUGGUACAGACUCCGUUGAACAAGCCACAAACUUUAAUAAGGCCUUUGGUAAUAAACGAACUUUGGAUUUUUUCAUUAUUUCCAAAGUCGAUACGGUUGGUGAUUUAGUCGGUACGAUGAUAAAUAUGGUCAUGGCCACGAAUGUUCCUAUUUUGUUUGUGGGCACUGGUCAGACGUAUACUGACAUUAAAAGGUUGAGUGUGAAACAAGUAGUAGAGAUGUUGAUGAAGUGA